AUGUUCGUGUCCGACGAAGAGGUGGGUCACACCUUCGCCUAUUGGUACAAGAGGUACGGCCCGGUCAUUAGGGAUUCGGUCUUGCCGGAUAGCAAGAAGCGCGAUUUGGUCCUCAUGAAGCUGGACGAGGAUACUUAUCGCAAAUAUCCCGAUGACAUACUACCGAAACAACCGCACGAGAUCGAUUUCGAGACGACGGUCACGAAUCUGGAGAAGCUUUUUGCGUCGAAGAAGGCGCUGAUUCGACGACGGUACGAGUGUCUCAGGAUAAACUGCCCGCCGAUGACGGCCAGUUAUGUGUCAUUCCGCGACUACGCGAACAUGAUCAAGCGGAUGGACGAAGAGGCUCGACUGAAGGAGCUGGACUACACAGCACUAAAGACGCUACAGUUUGUAGCAGGACUUCAAGAUCCGUCGCUUUGUGAAGUUCGUCUCAGAAUGCUCCGUCGACUGGAUACACACACAGAAGAAUCGCCGUUGACGAUAGAACACCUCGUUGCUGAAUGUGAGAACUUCACCGCAUUGAAGAUGGACAACACAGACAUGGAAGAAGAUGCGACAGAAACCAAGAAGACGAUCCAACCGUCGCAAGAAGAAGAAGAAGAAGAAAUGCUCGCCCGAGGAUAUGCGUACUGGACGAACAUCAACAGGGACAUCGAAGAAGUAGUUCGCCACUGCCGCAACUAUCAAGAAGCUGCGAAGAUGCCAAAGAAGACAGUUCUCAAUUCUUGGACCUCUGAGAAGAAACCAUGGGACAGAAUUCAUAUCGACUAUGUAGGACCACUGAAUGGUAGGAUGUACCUUGUGGUCGUUGAUGCGUAUUCGAAGUGGCCAGAAGUCUUUGAGAUGUCAUCGUCGUCAAGCACUGCAACGUUGAGAGAACUCAGAAUGCUGUUCUCACGAUUUGGAAAUCCCAGGGGAAUUGAGCACGUUCGCUCGCCGCCGUUCCAUCUACAGUCAAACGGUCAAGUAGAACGUUUUGUUGAUACCUUGAAAAGAACCCUCCAGAAGAUUAAGGAGGGAGGGACGUCGAAGAAACUUGCAGAAUUUUUGCAGUGCUAUCGAAGAACACCAUGUGCAUCAACGCCAGGACAUCUUUCUCCAGCGGAGGUGUUCCUAAGGCGCCAAUUGAGGAUGUCGUUGACGCUGCUGAAGGAAUCAGCUAAAGAAGAGGGAACGGGCAAUGUGGAAAUUGAAGAACAGUUUAAUCGUCGUCAUGGAGCACAGAAGAGAUCGUACCACCAAGAAGAACUCGUGUGGAUACCGCUCAACCAGGAAGACCGGCGGUACAAUGGUAUGGCCAGGACGAUCGCCGACUUCAAGGACAAUGUCAAGGAUCGAGCACAAAUUAUCGUGCCGCCGACAACGACUAGACCAGCUCGACAAUGCCGACCGCCUCGUCGAUUGCAACCCGAUCUGAAGAUGAAGACAUACGCGAUGUGUUCAUCUUAG